AUGAAUACUCGUCAUCUUAUUAUUAUUUUAAUGAUAUUAAUCAAACUUAGUAUUGGUGCACCUCGUUUAAAAUAUCGUUCAUCUGUUAAAGAAAAUGUUGAUUUAUAUCAUACUGUUACAUCAUUAGAUGAAAUGUUAAAUUCAUCAUAUCAAUCUGGACAACAAACAAUAGAAUUUUUAAAUUCAAAUUCACUUUAUGCUACAUAUUUUCUUGUUGAUGGUCAAAAAUUACGAACAUCUAGACUAAUUGAUCGUGAAGAAUUUUGUCGAAUUAAAUUAUGUGAAAAAUCUAUAUGUCGUCCAUGUGAAAUUGAAAUGGAUUUUGUAUUAAAAGAAUUUGGUGGACAACCAAAAGAUAUAAUAUCGUUAAUAUUAAAUGUUGAAGAUGUCAAUGAAUUUAGACCACAAUUUGAAGAUAAAAUUGAAUUAAAUAUUAGUGAAGGUGUACCAGUUGGCCAUGUGUUGCCAAUACCGAGUGCGACCGACAAAGAUGGAGAUGAUGAUGAAUUGGUUUAUUGGUUAGAUGAUCAUUUACCUACUGAACAAAAUCAACAUCAACAUCAUCGUCCGUCUAAACGAUUAAAUCCGUUUGAACUUGUGUCAUUUGCUCUCAAUGUAACAGAACCACUUGAUCGUGAAAUGAAAUCAUAUUAUGAAUUAUAUUUGACUGCUACAGAUCGUGGAAAUUUAACAUCGUCUACACCUGUCAAAAUCUACAUAACUGAUAUUAAUGAUCAUAUACCUGUAUUUGAAAAAUUAUUAUAUAUCAUAAAUAUAUCAGAAUCACAAGUACCCUCAUUUACUCAACCAUUACUGACAGUUCACGCUUAUGAUAAUGAUUCAAAUGAAAAUGGUCAUGUUAAAUAUAAUUUUUCAAAUAAACAUAGUCAAGAUGAACAACGACUAUUUCCAUUUCGUUUGGAUGAUGAAACUGGACAAUUAUUUCUUAUUAAACAAUUAGAUUAUGAACAGUAUAAAGAAUAUCGUCUACAAAUUAGUGCACAAGAUUGUGGUCCGGGAUCAGUUCCUGUUUAUGGUACUAUUAUGAUCAAUGUUGAAGAUGAAAAUGAUAAUCAACCAACAAUGAAUUUACGUAUAUCCGAAUAUUUUUUACUCUCUAAUGAUACUCUUUACAUUAGUGAAGAUACUCCCGUUCAAACAUUAUUAAUGCAUAUUAUUGUACAAGAUUUAGAUUCAGGUCUUAAUGGUGAAGUAAAAUGUUGGAUAGAGAGUACAGAUGAUGAUCAACGUAUAAAAUCAAUGUUAAAUAUAACAAAUUCAUUGGGAAAUAUGUUUACUCUGUAUACAACACAAAUAUUUGAUCGUGAAAUAAAAUCAACGUAUGGAAUUCAAAUUAUUGUCGAAGAUCUUGGUGUUAAACAACGACAACGUACCACAAGACAAUUGUACAUUAUUAUAAAUGACAUUAAUGAUGAAUAUCCAAAAUUUAAAGAGAAAAUAUAUGAAAUUACUAUACCCGAAGAAACGUUAGAUGUUAAAUUGAAAAGAGUAAAAGCGAUAGAUCUUGAUUCAAAUGAAAAUGGUCGUAUAACGUAUCAAUUGAUUAGUGAUGAUAGUAAUGAUCAACAUCAUUUUUAUAUCAACUCAGCAACCGGUGAAUUAAAACUUUUACAAAAAGUUGAUCAUGAAGAAAAAUCAUUAUAUAAUUUAACAAUAAAAGCUGAAGAUAAUGGUUAUCCUACUCAUCUAUCAACUAAUGUAUCUUAUAUAAUUCAUGUAAGUGACAUUAACGAUCAUCAUCCAAUUUUUGAAAAACAAUCUUAUAUAUUCAAUGAUGUACGAGAAGAUAGUCCAUUAAAUACAUCAAUUGGAUUUGUACGAGCGUUCGAUAAAGAUGAUGGAAAUAAUAGUUUAAUUGAAUAUAAAAUAUUAAAUAAUGACAAAUUUAUUAUUACAAAGUUAACUGGAGAAUUAUUUACAAAUGAUCAAUUAGAUUUUGAUGUUAAUAUAACAUGUUAUGAAAUGAUUGUAUUAGCCAUAGAUAAUGGACAACCAAUACGUUUAAAUUCAACAACAAAUGUUCAAGUUUGUUUACAAGGUGUAAAUGAAUAUAAACCAGAUUUAGUAUGGCCAAAACAAGAUGAAUAUAGUAUAAAUGCUUAUAUUAAUAUUUUGAAUGCAUCAUCGUUUAUUCUACAUGCUAAUGAUAAUGAUCGAUCAUUAUUAUCGAAUUUAACAUUUCAAUUUGAUAAAAAUCAACGUAAUGAAACUGUAUUAUCAUUAUUUAAUUUAAAUUCAAAUGGUACAUUAGAAAUUUUAAAUAAAGAUUUGAAUGGAAUCUAUGAAUUAUCAAUUAUAAUUAAUGAUAAUGAACAACCAUAUUCAAAAUUAACCUAUGAAACAAUUCGACUUCUUAUCUAUGAUAAUAUUUUAUCACGAAAUGAAAUCUUAUUAAAUUAUCGAUCAAAAACAACAACUGUUUCUACAACAAUGACAGUUAAAGAGACAUAUCUUGUUAAAACAACAAAUAAUUUAAAAGAUCAAAAAUUAACAAUGGAAAUGUUUAUUAUUUUUAUCACAGUUAUUCUAUUUUGUAUUAUUCUCAUUAUUAUCUGUUUUAUUUCUUGUAUAUCGUGUCGAAAACGAUUUUUAAAAUGGAUUAAAAUUCGUCAAAAUAAUCAAAAUAAAACCAAAAAUCUAUUGGAACAUCAUGAAAAUGUUAUAGAAAAACCCAAAUCAUGUUUAGUAAAAAAUUCAAAUAAUAAACGUUUUGCAUUAUUAACAACAUCACAGUCAAAUAGAAAAGGAGUUUAUUAUGCUGAAAGUCAUUGUCUGCUAAAUGAUAAUUCCAUAGGCGGUAGCGGUUCAGCAAGUCGUGAUAGUGAUAACAACAGCCCUUACAAUAAAUUGCAAGCUUCGAUGGCUGCUAGUGCUCGAACUAGUGAGGACACAGUGAAUGAUGGUAGCUCAUAUAAUGAUAGUUGUUAUGGAAGUUCUGAUAUGGAAAUGUAUCAUAAUGGUCGUUUAACAUCGUCAAACGAUGGUGUUGUACAUCCAUCAACAUCCAUCGCUACCAAUGAGUCAACAGAAACUGGUAAAAUUCUUUUGAAUGAAAAUUAUAUUAUUAUCCAAAAAGAUAACGAUAUUAAUAUCCCUUCUCCAUUUUGUUCUUCAUUAUCGUCUACGACGAAUAACAACAAUAACAACAAUACUCAUCAUUAUCAUCCACAGACAACAUCCUCAUUAAAACAUCAUGCAACAUUAACAAAUUCAUUGACAAGAUCUUCUCGUCCCGUCUUAACUAAUCGUAACAGUACUACUAAUAAUAAUAACAAUAAUAAUAAUUCGUCUGCUGCUCUUAUAACGACGUGUCAAACAUCUCGUAAUUACACUCAACAAUAUAAAACACAAUUGACUGCUCCUAAUCAUGAUUCACCAAUAAUACCAGAGCAAAAAUUGUCACAUAUGAUUCAUAUUAGACGUUUGAGAGAACAACAACAGCAACAACAACAAUCGAAAUUAUCUCCAACAAAGAAAGACGAUUCAAUGGAUUUUUUUAAGAGUGAAGAUGAAUACCGGAAAAUAUUGAAUAGUACAACAUUAAAUAUAACACCAUUAAAUGAAUACUAUUUAUAG